UAAAAAAAUUCAUAAUUUGAUCAAUAAUAAUGCUUUACUAUUACUCAUACCUAAUUAUUCAUUCAUACUAUAAUCAAAAUGUUCUCUAUUGCCUUAAAAAUACUUACAGCGGAUUACGUAGAUCAAGAUUCAACUAGUCCCCUAUGUUGCAUUCAGUGGUUAUAUCCUGGAAUCUCUCUUAUCCUUUGAAUGAGCCUUUAUUCAAUGAGACCAGACCAAUUGUUCUGUGGAAUUAUCCACCUUCUGAAUUUUUCUGCAAGCUUCCUCACAGUGUCACUUGCUUAUUCCUCCAUCUUCUGUACAAUGAUUAUUCUUUUUGGCUAGUGGGCAUCUUUUCAAUCUAGUACCUGCAGGCUUUUAAUAUUAUCCCAUUACUUAGUGAAAGUUUCAUUUCACACUGGUACAAGAUAUCCAAAGCUUUCUUCCAUGUCCAGACCACAGAUCAGCCAUGUCUCAAGGAACUCUGGUUCCCCAGAGUGGCAUAUGGUAUUAGAGACAUUGUGAUCACUGUUUCCUUAAAUUCCACCUUUUAUUAUUAUUAAGAUUGCAACCUCAGCUUUCAGUUGGUGCAUAUUUGUCUCACAUGUAUCCAGCCUUUUCUUUUCAAAUUUUCUGUUCAGUUUUUUAGAAUAGUAAAAGUAACAUUAGAAAUAAGAUGGCAUAAAUAAGUACCAAUAAAACAGUAUUAAAAUAAAUGUAAAUGGGUUAAAUAAGCAAUUAAAAGAUAAAUACACUCAGGGAAAAAAAAUUUUAAACCUCAAGAUCAAAACAUAUGUUUUCUAGAACUGGCACAUUAUCAAGAGACUCUCACCCUGAUCAUCUAUGCGUGUCUCUAAUGGCUCCAAGUAUUGAACCUUUUCUUUAUGUUAGCCGGUGUUACUAGAAACCCAAUUAGUAUCCAAAAUCUGACUUGAUCAUCUAGUAUAUUGAUCUCAUUUGAUCUUUGUCACAUUGCUGAAUAUUAAGAACUAUUAUUAUUUACUCCAUUUUACAGAUGAGGAAAGUGAGACCCAGAAAAUUCUGCCAGUUGUUGAAUAGCAUAGAGCUGUUGAGUUGCCAUUUGGUCUGUGCUGGAGUCUGUGUUUUAACCACUGUCAUUUAAUUUUGUUUCUAAUCUCACCAGAUGCAGUAUCCAUGCCUGCUCAGAACUACAGCACCAUGUCUGAAUUUAUCCUCUUUGGCUUCUCAGCCUUCCCCCAGCAGCUCCUGCCCGUCUUAUUCCUGCUGUACCUCCUGAUGUUCCUGUUCACAUUGCUGGGCAACCUUCUCAUCAUGGCCACAAUCUGGAUUGAACACAGACUCCACACACCCAUGUACCUCUUCUUGUGUGCCCUCUCCAUCUCUGAGAUUCUGUUCACUGUUGCCAUCACCCCUCGCAUGCUGGCUGAUCUGCUCUCCACCCAUCGUUCCAUCACCUUUGUGUCUUGUGCCAGUCAGAUGUUCUUCUCCUUCAUGUUUGGCUUCACUCACUCCUUCCUUCUCAUGGUCAUGGGCUAUGAUCGUUACGUGGCCAUCUGCCACCCACUGCGUUACAACGUGCUCAUGAGCCCCCAUGACUGUGCCCAUCUUGUGGCCUGGACCUGGGCUGGUGGCUCAGUCAUGGGGAUGAUGGUGACAAUGAUAGUUUUUCACCUCACUUUCUGUGGGUCUAACGUGAUCCACCAUUUUGUCUGUCACGUACUUUCCCUCUUGAAGUUGGCCUGUGGGAACAAGACAUCACCUGUCAUCAUGGGUGUGAUGCUGGUGUGUGUCACAGCCCUGAUAGGCUGUUUAUUCCUCAUCAUCCUCUCCUAUGUCUUCAUUGUGGCUGCCAUCUUGAGGGUUCCCUCUGCUGAGGGCCGGCACAAGACUUUCUCCACAUGUGUAUCCCACCUCACUCUGGUGGUCGUGCACUAUAGUUUUGCCUCCCUUAUCUACCUCAAGCCCAAGGGCCUCCAUUCUAUGUACAGUGACGCCUUGAUGGCCACCACCUAUACUGUCUUCACCCCCUUCCUUAGCCCAAUCAUUUUCAGCUUAAGGAACAAGGAGCUGAAGAAUGCCAUAAAAAAAAACUUUUUCAGAAAGUUCUGCCCUCUAAGCUCCUAAUGGCCAGUUUGGUGGUGAUAAAAUACAAUAGAAGGGCCGGGGAUAAUAAUGUGUAUCUCCGUAGGACUGUUGUAAGGGUUCAGGUAUGUGAAAAUAUGUGUUUGAUACAUACUAGCUAUUAUUUCCCUCCCCUUUUUGCUUAGUAGGCUCCUGUGAUCAUAAUCUCUUGUUUAUGAGCCAUUGUGAUAAACUUUAUCCCAUGAUCUGUGCCUAGGAAUGUGUUUUCUAUCUAUGGACAGGUGGAGAUCAUCACGUGGGUGUGUCUGGGCACUUAUGAACAUGGUUCUUCUUGAAUGGACAGGCAAAAAGUAUUUUCUUUACCCCUAGUGUGAGAAGAAGCAAGAAUAUCAUCAUAGUCAUAAAUUCCACCAAGUAUUGA